CAGACCCACAGAACUAGGCAGCUCAGUUGAAGGCAAGCGCCCUUUAUCAGGUCCUUGCAGCCUCCAGCUCUCCCGCAGUGCCUUCAGCCCUUGACACCAACAUGAGGUUCAAGUUCUCGAUCAUCGCUCUUCUUCUGGAAGCGGUCUUCAUCGUUCUGUUUGGGCUGUUUGUGGAGUAUGGCGAUGGGGACAGCUAUUCGUAUCCGUACUUUAAGGACGUCCAUGUGAUGAUAUUUAUUGGAUUUGGUUUCCUGAUGACCUUUCUGAAGAAAUAUGGAUUCACCAGUGUUGGUAUCAACAUGCUCAUUGCUGCCUUUGGUCUUCAGUGGGGCACUCUAAUGCAAGGAUUCUUGCACAGGGGUGAAAGAGGGAAAAUUCAGGUUACCAUUGAAAGCAUGAUAAAUGCAGACUUCAGCACAGCAACUGCUUUGAUUUCAUUUGGAGCAGUCCUGGGGAAAACCAACCCUGUUCAAAUGCUUCUCCUGACGUUUCUGGAGAUCACAGUCUUUGCAGUCAAUGAAUAUCUAGUUACGGAAAUAUUUAAGGCUACAGAUAUUGGAGCCUCAAUGACCAUCCAUGCCUUUGGAGCUUAUUUUGGUUUGGCUGUAACACUCAUUUUGUAUCGUCCUGGCUUGAAAAACAAGCAUGAAAAUGAGGAAUCUACCUAUCACUCAGACAUAUUUGCCAUGAUUGGUACCCUGUUCCUUUGGCUUUUUUGGCCCAGUUUUAACUCUGCAAUUGCAGAUUUAGGUGACAAGAUUAAAAUAAUUAUCAACACUUACUACGCCCUGGCAGCAUGUGCUGUUACAACAUUUGCCCUCUCCAGCCUGCUGGAUCAAAGAGGCAAAUUCAGUAUGGUUCUCAUUCAAAAUGCCACCCUGGCAGGAGGAGUAGCAGUGGGUACCUGUGCUGACCUGACAAUACACCCUUUUGUUGCCUUGUGCAUUGGGAGCAUUGCUGGGAUCAUCUCUGUCCUGGGGUUCCACUUCCUGACUCCUGUUUUGGCAUCCAAGCUGAAAAUUCAAGACACAUGUGGAGUCCAUAAUUUACACGGCUUACCUGGAAUACUGGGAGGCAUUGCUGGCAUCAUAGUAACUGCAGUACAACAUGAAACUAAGGGAGGUGUCCAACUUACCGCUGGCAAACAGGCUGCUGCCUUGGGCAGCACAAUUGGAAUUGCACUGCUUGGUGGAGCAUUGACAGGUGCUAUUCUAAAGCUGCCCAUCUGGGGACAAGUAUCUGACCAGAACUGCUUUGAUGACUCCGCUUAUUGGGAGGUUCCAGAAGAGGAGAAGCUGCAUGAAAUUAAUUCCAACAACUAUGAUGAGCACAGCAGAUUUGAAGCUAUCAUGUAGGAAAACAUAUAUAAGUCCUUAUGAUGCUCUUUUCUGUUUCUAGUGCUAAAAACCAACUCCCCAGAAUUUUUCUAACCACAAAUAUCUUCCAGAAGCAGCUGUAGGUAGCUGUAAUUCUGUAAUAUUUUUUUUAAAGUUUGAUUUUAGCAUAAAUUGUCAUUAUGUCAGGCUCAGGAGAACCAAUUUGAUUUUCCCAAUGUUCAUUCUUUUGGAAUGAGGAUUGCUAAAAUCUAUAAAGAUUCUGUCUCCAACUUUCCCUCCAUCAACCAAGCAGGUGAACUUAUCGUAGAAGGAAAUUUCCAAGUCAGGACUUUCCCCCGAUGAACCCAUGCUGACAAGGGCUUAGUUAUCAGAUUGCAGGGGGAGACUGUAAUACAAAAUAGCACAGAUAUUAUUCCUAUUCUGCUUGCGUAUUUUUUCCUCAGAAAACUAUAAAGAUACUAGGUACAGCUAAAUUCCUAUCCAAGGAUUCAGGAGCUUAUUUAUUCACAUGAAACCAUGAGUUAAUUGCACUGAGAGCUGACUGCAAAGAAAUGCCUCCAUGAGGAAUAGCUAUUUACUAUAAGGAAAUCCCCCAGAAUGGUCCCCUCAGGAGUUAUGUUUUGCUCAUUGAAACAAAUGGAAAAAAAAAUAAACUUUGUGCUUCUGUUGUCCAGUUCUCUCAAUCUUACUAUAGCAAACUGAGCACUCACCUGCUGUUUCCUGACCUCUGUUGUCAGGUGGGGGGUUACCUCUUCAGGCUCCCUCAAAAACUACAACAGAGAGAUGGGCCCUUCUACAUGGAAAUUUAUCCCACGUAACCCAGCUCUUGUUUUCUGGAAAGUCCUUGUUUCUUUUUGACAAAGAAGAGCCCUAGGAGCCUAGGUCAGCCUAGGAAACUGUGUAAGAUGGUUUAUAAUGUUAUCAAAUAUAUAUUUUGAUGCAGUGAGGUGAUAACUAGGAUGAGUGUUCCCCUACACCCUGAAAACAUCAAGAUGAUGGAAGAAGAACCAACGAACUUUCAUUAGCAUGGAGGAAGCAAAGCAUAACAUCAACAAUAUCGAUAAACGUCACCUGUGUUGAACUUGAUGUCACAGUUAUGAGUGGGGGGAUGUAUCCUGCAGGGAAAUUCAUAGCCCAUCACCCUUAUCUGUAAUGAACCCACGCUACUAAGCUCACUCACCACCUGCUGGCACUGCAGAAGCCAGAGUCUUAGUGGAAGGAACCAGAAGGGCUGAGCAGGCAAGGACAGUGGAAUUUGGGGGUUUAUUUACUUCUCCUAGUGCAUUUCUGGAGACAAAUCCAGUCCCACAGCAUCCUUCCAAUAGCCUGGCAAGUCCUGUGUAUGCAGGGAAAUUCUGUACAUAUUCUGAAAUUCUGCACAGGUCUAACCCUUGACCAUCUGUAAGUAAAAAAACCUCCGCAUCACCAUUUCUUUUCAUAACCUAAGAGUCAGUAUCAUUCCUUGUUAAUAAUGCUGGCCAUGCUUGUUUUGAUGCAGCCCAGGAUACGGUUGGCUUUCUGGGCUGCAAGGGCACAUUGCUGGCUCAUAUCCAGCUUCUAAAUGCCAAUGCCCACCGGUCAUUUUCAACAGGCUUUUCUCUAUCUAUUCAUCCCAAAGCUUGUACGGUACUGGAGGUUGAUGGGACCCAGGUGUAAUCCUUGCACCUGGUACAGUUGAACCUCAUGAGGUUCACCUGGGCCCACUGCUCAGCCUAUCUAGAUCUCUCUGGAUGGCACCCCAUCCUCUGUGGGUGCUGACUGCACCACACAGCUUGGUAUCAUCCACAAACUGCUGAAAGUACGCUCUAUCUCACUGUUGAUGUCAUUGAUGAAGAUAUGGAGGAGCAUUAGUCCCAGUACUGAACCCUGAAGGACAACACGUGCCUCUGAUCUACAACAGGACAGUGAGCCACUGACUGUGCUUCAGCCGUCUUUCUUCAGUAACCAUAUCCCCCAGGCAUGGCUUUCAACCAGGACAUAAUCCUACAGGCUCUUCUCUCUGUUAUUCUUCUUGAAACUGUCAGAUGACAAAAGUAAGUAACACAGCUCAAGUCUGAAUUUCUUCCUCCUCCUCCCUCUAAAAGAAAGUUUGCUGUGGCUCUCUUGAGCUUAGAAACCCAAGUACCUUUGCUUUUCUGCAGUGGAUGCACCACUCACUGAGCUACAGAACACACACCAAAACUGGAUGUUGAGACUAAGAGGUUUCUGUCUAUUCUAGGUCCUGCAGGUUUUGUCCCUUACUUGGCAGUCUUAUCUCUUCCUUGGCUAUCGACAUCAAACUGGGCAAAGGCAGAGGGGUAGACAAAGAAGGAAAAUUGGAGGGAGAACAAGAACCAGUGGAUGUAUCAAAAGUUGUAAAUAUAAUUUUAUGAUGAUAAGAAGUAGAGAUCCUUGGGUUAAGUUGCCUGAGGAAAGUUUGGGGGUUAUAAAGAAGAUUGUUUUAAAGAACAGAGCAUUUAAAUGAAACAAAUGACCCUUGCAUCUCUUUGGCACACACACUUCUUUAGUGUCUCCAGUGUGUUUGACUGAUU